CCCUUGCGUGCAGAUCGGUGCAGAUCUGGGUCUCGGUUCUUCGUUGCUAACGUCAGUCGUUGUACUACAUUGGAAUUCCUAUAUCUCUAAUUCUAAUCACGACUGAUGAAAAUGUUGAAUUGGAUCUAGACUAUAUCAACUCGAGGACUGUGAUAUUUUUAACUUCAAGAUGUCUAGAUCUAUACCUUAAUUCAUUGUUUUGUUUGUUUAAGUCAUUUCUGCCGGGGUGUGUCUUUGUGAGUGAACAGUGAAAUGGCUGAGCAAGGAAUUCUCCUGGACCAGGACCAGUUCUGCUGUUCUAUAUGUCUGGAUUUACUAAAGGAGCCAGUCACUAUCAACUGUGGACACAGUUACUGUAGCAACUGCAUUGAAGACUGCUGGGAUAAGGAUGAAGAAAAGGGAAUCUACAGCUGUCCCCAGUGCAGACAUACUUUCUCUCCAAGGCCUGCCCUGAUGAAGAAUAGCUUGCUAGCCAUGGUGGUGGGGAACAUGAAGAAGACAGGACUCCAUCCUACUCAUCAUGCUCUGUGCUUUGCUGGCCCAGGAGAUGUGGAAUGUGAUUUUUGCAAUGGGAGAAAGCAGAAAGCUCUCAAGUCAUGUCUUGUGUGUCUAGCAUCUUAUUGCGAGACUCAUCUCCAGCCACACUAUAAUGUAGCUCCAUUAAUGAAGCACAAGUUGGUCAAAGCCACCACACAGUUACAGGACAACAUCUGCUCUCAUCAUGACAAACUGCUUGAGAUUUUUUGUCGAACUGAUCAGCAGUGUAUCUGUUACCUGUGUACCAUGGACGAGCAUAAAGGCCAUGAUACUGUCUCAAUUACCGCUGAAAAAACAGAGAAACAGAAGCAAAUAGGGAUGAAUCAGAACAAAGUCAAGCAGAGAGUUGAGGAGAGGGAGAAGGAGUUAAAGGAACUUCGACAGGCAGUGGAGUCUCUCAGCCGCUCUGCACAGGCAGCCGUGGAGGAGAGUGAGAGAAUCUUUACUCAGUUGAUCGACUCCAUGGAGAGAAGACGCUCUGAGGUGAAGGAGCUUAUUGCAGCACAGGAGAAUACUGCUGUGAGUCAAGCUGAAAACCUAAUGGAGAGCUUGGAGCAGGAGAUUGCCGAGCUGAAGAGGAGAGAGGUUGAGCUGGAGAAGUUGACACACACAGAGGACCACAUCCAUUUCUUGGAGAUUUAUCAGUCUCUCGCCAGUCCAAUUGUAUUUACAGAUUUACCCACCAUCACUGUCCAUCCUCUUCAGUACUUUGGGGAUGUGAGUGAGGCUGUGUCUAACCUGAGAGAGAAACUGGAUAGCAUCUUUAAAAGAGAAUGGUGCCGAAUUUCGACCAGAGUAAAUCUAGUUGAUGUUAUACACCCACCAGAGCCCCAGACCAGAGCCGAAUUCUUACAAUACUCCUGUCGACUCACCCUGGACCCAAACACAUUAUAUAGACAACUAUUUUUGUCUGAACAAAACCGAAAAGUGAAACUGAAGCGUAAAGGCCACUCGUACCCCAGCAGCCCAGACAGAUUUACUCAGUUGUGUCAGGUGCUAUGCAAGCAAGGCCUGUCUGGACGCGGUUACUGGGAGGUAGAGUGGAGCGGAUGGAAGAUUUACGCGGCUGUCUCAUAUAAAGGAAUCAGCCGCUCAGGGUCUGCGGAAGAUUGUCAAUUCGGACACAAUGAAAAGUCCUGGAGUUUAGAGUGCUGUAGUAACGGUUACUUUUUCCGCCAUAAUAAUGUGAAGACUGAAGUGACAUACCCUCGGUCCUCCAGGGUAGGAGUGUAUCUUGAUCACCAGGCAGGCACUCUGUCCUUCUACAGUGUCUCUGAUGAGAUGACCCUCCUCCACAGAGUCCAGACCACGUUCACUCAGCCCCUCUAUCCUGGGUUUUGGCUUCAUUGCUUUAAGACCACGGCUGAACUGUGUGAGCUAGAGUAGAGUCCCCUGUCCGACAGUGAUGCUUUGCCAUGCUCUACUGUUCCAGGAGCGGAUAAUCGGAGAUACACAUUCCCUCUUCGGUGACGAUGGACUUGCAGAUGUGGAAGUCUCUAUGGUGUAUAUCGAAUCAAAGGUUAUUUCCCCCACACUGUAGAGUGUACUCUAAAAUGUUCAGUCAAAGCUAAUGAUCUUGCUGGUCAGACAACCUGUAUGUAUGGUAAGAUUGUCCCUCUUAAGAGUGCAUGUAUUAGGGCUGGCAAGCAAUAGGAUAUUUAAUUUGUUUGCAUUUCCAUUUUAGUCUUUGAGCAGACACUCCUAUUCAGAGUGAUUAACAGUUAGUGCAUUCAUGUUGUUAGCCGGUAUCAUUUAAUAAUAUAAUUUUGAUUGUACUGUGACAAACAUUUUGGCAAUGUAAGCUUCUGUACAUAUGUUAAAGUGAAAAUGCUUUCAUAUGUAGUUUAGUAGUUGUGUUUUCACAUGGGGUCAUGACUUUGUUCAUUUAAUAAAUUAAAU